UCAACUUAAUAAUAUCAGUAUAACUUUGUAUGCGGCGAAGGUCACCCGUUAGUACCGGCUCACACUAAAUUAUCUAACAAGAACAUGAACACUGUUCUUCCAGCCAUCGUUCUAAUAUUUUCUCUUUGUCACCAAGCUAUUUCCAUCGAAAACAAAUUCCCCGAUGAUUUUCUAUUCGGAGUUGCUAGUUCCGCGUACCAGAUUGAAGGCGGGCACGACAAACGAGGCGAAACCGUACUAGACCACUACCAACGCUUAGACCCAUCAAUCAUAUCCGACUCAUCCGACGCCAAAAUCGCCUGCGACUCGUACCACAAGUACCACGAAGACAUCAACCUUCUCGAGUACUUAGGGGUUGAUUUCUACCGAUUCUCGAUCUCUUGGCCCAGGAUUUUACCCACUGGGUACUCAAACAAGAUAAAUCCGGACGGCAUCCGGUACUACAACAACCUAAUUGAUGGUUUAAUCUCCAAAAACAUUACCCCAAUGGUCACUAUAUUCCACUACGACUUACCCAAGCCUCUGCAAGACUUAGGUGGAUGGUUUAACCCCACCACUGCCGAUUUAUUCGAGGACUAUAGUAAAAUCCUGUUCAAAAAUUUCGGCGAUAGAGUGAAAUUCUGGAUUACUUUGAACGCGAAUACUUGGGGGUACGCAGACCCGAUGUUCCCUCCCAUGCUCAACCUAUCGGGAUUGGGGGAGUACUUGUGUUACAAAACUAUCCUGUUAGCGCACGCCAAAGCGUACCAUUUAUACAAAAAGGAGUUCCGAGACGAGCAAAAAGGGCAAGUCGGGUUAACCAUUGAUGGGCGCUGGUACCACCCAGCCACUACUAGUACCAACGAUAUUGAAGCCGCUGAAAGAGUACGAGAGUUCUUAAUCGGUACUCUAGCGAACCCUAUUUUUGGCGAAGGUGAUUUUCCCAAAGUCGUUAAAGAACGGGUAGCUGAACUCAGCCACAAGGAAAAUUUUUUGAAAUCGCGACUACCACAAUUGUCACCUGAGGAAGUAGAUUUUAUUAAAGGCUCGUACGACUUUCUGGGUUUAAACAGCUACACCACUUAUUUGAUUAAGGACGAUCGUAGCAAGGAUAACUGGGAUUCCUUCUCAGAGAGUAAAGAUUUGGGGGCUAAGCUUUACCAGGACCCUGAGUGGCCGGGGAGUUUGUCUGAUUGGUUGAAGGUGGUACCGUGGGGUUUGCGUGGUGUUCUCAAAUGGGUUAAAGAUAAAUAUAAUAAUCCUCCGGUUUUUAUUACCGAGAAUGGGUUUUCGGACUCUGGGGAGUUGGAGGAUGAGGGGAGAAUACAAUAUUAUAAGUUGCACCUAGAGGCCUUAUUGGAAGCGAUCCAUGAGGAUGGGGUUAAUGUUAAAGGGUACGCGGCGUGGAGUUUACUGGAUAAUUUUGAGUGGAUGGUGGGAUAUAGCGAGAAAUUCGGCCUCUUCCACGUCGACUUCUCCGACCCCGCUCGCCCGCGCACCCCCAAGUCCUCCGCCCGCUGGUACAAAUCCUUCCUCACCCGAAGACACCUCGCCGCCGCCGCCGCCAAAACCGAGCUCUAGCACCUCUCCAGCCGGUGACUUCAACGCAAGAGGACACACGAAGCCACAGGUGUUCAACCGCCGCCGCCUGUGCGCGGAUUCCCCUUGACAAACCGCCCCCGGCCGCCGUAAUGGCAGCUGUGCACAACAUAACUAGUAUAAAUAAAUCGAAUUGCUGGCAUUCAUUCCGAUAA